GUGCGCGCUGUCUUUAGUAUCGGAGCAGCAGUGGUCUGGGGGCCGGGCAGGAAGUGCAGUGUGAUCGGGGUGGGUUGCUGCUUGUCUGUGGGUGAUGUGAGGCAGUGAGAAGCCUGGUCAGGGCGGCAUGAUGCGGGGCUGGGGGGUGAUCACCCCGCUGGUGCUGCUGCAACUGGGGGUCCUCUGUUCCUCUUCCGCAGGACUCACCGAAGUCUCGAUGGGAAGGUUUACGGAUGUUAAACUGAAUCGUUCCUCCCCCAUGGAGUUUAUUCUGCAGAACAUUCCCAGCAAUGUCUCCUUCAUCCUCUUCCAGGUGCACAGUCAGUAUGUCAACGUGACGCUGUCCAUCGACAAGACUCCAACUAUAAAUGACUCUGAGACUGGCAGCGACACAGGACUCCUGACCGUCCUCCGCAUCAACCAGACUCGCGCCACCUGGUACCUGGAGACUGCCAACCCGGAUCCUCUGCUGGCAUCAGCUGUCAGUAUCCCAUACACAGAGAGGGACCCGAUUCCUGGAGCGUGUAACCUGGAGUUCAAUUUAGACACUGACCCAAAUGUCUAUCUUCAGUACAAUCUCUAUGAGACGGUCAUCAAGUUUGCUCCAGCGAAUUUGGGCCAUGCCAGAGAUGCGACUCCCCAGGCCUGCGAUGUUCAGACGGGCCAGGAAUCGAGGUGGCGCCUGCAGUACGACAUCUACCAGUAUUUUCUUCCAGAAAACAACCUCAAUGACUCUGUGUUGUUGGCUCACCUGCAGAAGAUGUCAGCGGUACCGCAGAUCUCUGCUAACGGCAUGAAGCUGGCCACUCUGACCUCCAGUGACAGAACCACCAUGUCCUUCUCUUCUGUCCCCGGACAAGGUGUCAUUUACAAUGUGGUUGUCCGUGAUCCCGUCCUGAACACGUUUGCAGCCUAUGUGCCAGUCCAUACAUACUCCUGCAACUUCACUUCAGCAAUGGACAACUGCGCUACCCUGGGUAAAGUAUCAACCAAAGUAUUUUUCACGUUCUGCGGCAUCUUCGGUCUUUUCAUCUGCUUCUUCGGGCACCGGUUUCUUAAAAUUGAUUUCUUCUCCGUGGGGUUUAUAAUCUUUGGAUUUUUCAUGUUCGUUCUUCUCACAAAAGUUACACAUCUUAACCACGACGCUCGUCUGUUAUUGACUGCAUUGACCGGGGUCUUUGGGGGGCUCUUGUUUGUUGGUUACUGGUGGAGAUUCGGAUGCAUUUACCUCUGUGUAUUGCUGGUGGGGUUGGUGCUGGGGUUCCUCGUGGCAGCCAUUGUAUUUUUCACCCCACUAGGAGAUUAUUCCACAUUCCGGAAUGACAGCAUAUUCUGGUUGACCUUCACCUGUAUCGCCUUAAUAGUACCUGCGUUCCUGCUCCCAUUCCCAAAAGUACUAAAUAUUUUGAGCUGCAGCGUGGUUGGGUCCUAUACGGUGGUAUUGGCGAUUGACAGUUACCUAUACACCAGUCUCAGCUACAUAACUUUAAAUGUCCUCAAGAGGGCGCUCAACAGGGACUUCAGUACAGCCUACAGCAGUGUGCCAUUCCAGAAAAAUGACUUCAUUAUCAUCGCGGUCUGGGUGGUCCUGAUAGUCUGCGGUAUGACAACCCAGUUCUACAGGGAGAGGGAGAGGCCGGCUUUUCCACCAACCCCCUAUGCGAUAUGGAAACGUGACCGCGAGCGGCGGAUCACGAACAUCCUGGAUCCUAGUUAUCACACGCCUCCCUUCAAGGACCGUCUCCUGGCCAACCUGGCUUGGUUAAGAGAUUUCUUCCGCAAGGAACCAUCACUGGGUGAGAGGACACCCCUGCUGUUAUAGCUGAAAGAAACCGUGUAGGUUUAGCCUGGGGUUAUCAGGCAGGAUAAUGGUAUGUAAACCUGCCAUGGGGCUGCCUGGAAGGCAAGAGUCAGUGUUAUGUUGGGGUUGUAGCCUCGACUGCAGAAACGGGAAACCACUAGCAAGCAGGUGGCGGCUUCCCACAAGCUACUGAUCUACUUUCAGCUGGGGGCCAUUAGCUGCUUGUAAGGACUCCAACCCAAGGGAUGUAUUUUUAGAGGUUCUCCACAAAAAUCUGAUUAAUAUGGCGGUGAGCAAUGAAUAGAUGCUUGGCGUGAGCACUAUUAUUUAGAUUUCUUGUAAUCAGAUACAAGCUGGUUGCUGUGGACCUCUGUAGUGUAUCCAUUGCAACCAAUUUGUCUCUGUGCUGAGAGCAGAGAUGAGGAUUCAGCCUGGCGGCAGUCACGUUAUGGCUUUCCUUCUCUUCUCUCAGCCUCCUUUAUUAAUCAGAU